AUGACAACAAAUAAAAAUGGCUAUCAAUCUUCAAUUUGGGACGAACCAAGUCCUUAUAAACCCGCACAAUGGCGGUCUACAAUUACAGCACCUUUAUGUGCACUUUGUAAUAAAGCUGUUUUUCCAGCUGAAGAAGUUAUUGGAGCUGGACAAAAAUAUCAUAAACUUUGUCUUAAAUGCAUUUCAUGCAAUGCCUUACUCAAUUCUGGGAAUAUAAAUGAACAUGAUAAAAAAAUCUAUUGCGUCGGAUGUUAUCGUCGUCAAUUUGGUCCACACGGGGUUGGACGUGGCCUUGGAACAACAUCUUCAAUUAAUCUCGAAACACCACCUAGUAGUCCAAAUAUAUUCAAUCAAUUAGAAUCAAAACCAAGUGAUGAAUUAGUAAAUACUAAGAAUGAUAAUUCUCAACAAGAAACAUCAUCAUAUUUGCCAUUAUCUCGAGUAUCAUCCGAUGAUCAGUCACGUCAUAGUAAUCCUCUCAUGAACAGCGUCACCUUUAUGGGUGGUGUGACUACAAGACAAACAGUAUCAAAUGUUCAACGUCAAUCAACGACCAGUUUGACGAAUGGAGCAGCUUUUAAAAUGAUGUCUAUAUCGGGAAAUAUUUGUCCACGUUGUUCAAAAAGUGUUUAUUCAGCUGAAGAAGUUAAAGCUGCUGGAAAAUCAUUUCAUAAACGAUGUUAUACAUGUGCUCAUUGUAAAAAAAGUAUCAAUGGUGGCCGAUAUUCAGAACAUGAAGGAGAACUCUAUGAUAAUAAUUGCUAUCAACGACUGUUUGGUCCAAAAGGUGUUGGUUAUGGUAUUGGAUCAGGAGCAUUAUCAACUGGAACAUAA